GCACCAGCAAACAAGCUCAUAAAGUACAAAACCGUGAGAUUUGAAAGCGGGUUCGCGAAAAAGACCCCGUAUAUGGGUCCGCCCACCGAGGCUUAUGACAAAGCCUGGGAGGAUCUGUACAAUUACGGUAUCAUCAAGAUUCCCCAAUCUGAGGCAGCCCAGCUAGUAAAUUACACCAUGCCACUAGCCUCCGAGCCAGGAAUGUACAUGGUGGAGUUAGACGUGUUCCAUCAGCUUCACUGUCUGGUAAUACCACCGAACCCCCUAGUUCGUCCAAAAGAUCGUUUUCCCAGUGAAUCUAAUACUCCAUUUUCCCAACAUCAUAUCCACAAAAAGGCCUGGGGCCACGACAUGGGCGUUAAUAUGAGUGACCCGGAUGAUGUAGAGAACUUUUGGACACAUUUGGACCAUUGUUCUGAGUCGAUUCGUCAAAAUCUAAUGUGCUCCUCUGAUCUAUCAACUAUCCAUUGGUUGUGCGUAGAAGAAGACCAGACAUGGAAAGCAGAUGGCCGAGUGAUGCACACCUGUCGCGACUUUGAGGCGAUUCGGGACUGGGCGUUCGAAAACAGGGCAGGUAUGAUAGAUCGUACUGUGUGGGUGCCGGAUCCGUUGAGGGGGGAGAUCUAG